AUGAACGGCCCCAAGAGCGCAGAUAUCGACUUGCCCACAGGCAUCGAGGCCUUGCGACAGUCCAGCAUCGCCCACAUUGCCGCGAUAACCACAGGGCCACAGUUUCCCGCGGCCACACAUAUGUUACAGCCCCUCUCUCCUCCGAGAUACAACCAUGUCGAUACGCAUUAUUAUUCCAGCUUGUCGCCAAGCGAUGCCGGGCAUGAUGCGCAGCAAAUUCCAGGACGACUAGAUUACUAUAUACAAAAUCCUGACCAUGCCUCCGAGAUGGCGGCCAAGGAGGAGAGGCGCAAACGCAACACCGCCGCCAGUGCCCGUUUUCGAAUCAAGAAGAAACAGCGCGAACAGGCCUUGGAACGGAAAAUGAGCCAAGUGCAAGACAGGAACGCGAAACUGGAGGAGAAAGUCAAUCAACUCGAGAUGGAGAAUAAGUGGCUGAAGGAGCUAAUCACAGAGAAGAACAAGAGACCAGCGGGCGAGUUCAGAGAGGACGAUGACGACGAUCUCGAGGCAUUGGCACAUGGGCAUAUUGUUAACGGGGCGAGCGAAACAGAUCACGAAGGAUAG